GUCAAGUGAAGUGGUUGGACCGAGUUGAGAACGGCCAGAAAUCGCCACUCAGUUUGCGUUUUGUACAGGAGAGAGAUACAGAGACAGAGAGAUAGCAAAAGCACCAUGGGAGAGACAACUGCAGAUGAUGAUUUACUUCUCAAAGCCUUCUUUGCAGAAGUCAGCGAAGUCGAGAGGGAUAAUGAAGUCGCCAGGAUUCUUUCGUGCUUCAAGCUAAAUCCAUUUGAUUAUCUAAACUUACCAUUUGAUGCAUCACCAGAGGAUGCGAAAAAGCAGUACCGCAAGCUUUCUUUGAUGGUUCACCCUGAUAAAUGCAAGCAUCCACAGGCAAAGGAGGCUUUUGGAGCAUUGGCGAAAGCUCAACAAUUACUACUCGAUCAACAAGAAAGAGAUUAUCUGCUUAGCCAAGUUAACGCAGCAAAAGAAGAACUUAGAGCAAAGAGAAAGAAGCAGCUGAAGAAAGAUGCAGCUUCUAAACUAAAGUCAUUAGUUGAUGAGGGAAAAUAUGAACAACAAUAUGAGCAGUCGGAGGAGUUUCAGCAGGAAGUGAAAAAAAAGGUCCAAGAAUUAUUGACCGAGCAAGAAUGGCGACGGAGAAAAAUGCAGAUGAGGAUAUCUGAAGAAGAGGGCAGAUUAAAGAGGGAUGAAGAGGAGCAAAAAGAGAUGUGGAAAAGAAAGCGUGAGCACGAGGAGCAGUGGGAAGGAACAAGAGAGCAAAGGGUUUCUAGCUGGAGAGAUUUCAUGAAAUCAGGAAAGAAGGCUAAAAAAGGAGAAAUGCGGCCUCCAAAACUGAAGACAGAAGAUCCCAACAAAUCUUAUGUUCAGAGGCCCGUAAAGCGAGGUUAGCUGGAAUUUAUCACGAUUUUUUCUUGACAUACAACCGAUAUCUGGGAGGUAACUUGUUCGCUAAAAUUUGUACCGAGUCCUUAAAAAAAAAAAAGGCUUGUUAUUUUACAUUGUUGCCUGAUGCCCUUUUGUUCGAGUGAACCCUACAUAUUGUAAGGUCUUAGGUAAGUGCUGAUGAAUUGACUGAUUGUAUAAAGCAUCUUCUUCUAAGUUUAGAAACUUAAACCUCUGAUAUGUUUGACACUGGAGUAGGGCUUAUUUUACAGUCAAAUUUUCUGUUAUCUGCAA